AUGGCACCUAACCUAAAGCACCGCCCCCUUGUCCUUCAAACUGCCGCUGGCUUGGAUCUUCAAGACUUGAAAACAUUCCCCCCACUAACAUCGGAAGCCCAAGUACCCCAAUCACAAGGGAAGGCUGGUUGUGGUGACACAACCAUCCAAACGUCUCCAAAGCAAGAUAGCAGCGACUACUGGGAAUGGAAUGGCGACAAUGAUGUGAAGGUCCAACAAGCUAUGGCUGAGGAACAAGCCGCAGAGCUUGUCUGUGCCGAUCACAUUAUUGAAAACAUUAUUCGCGAAGCCCCUUCAGCAGGAGUCGUAAACACGACUUCUGCCGACAACGAUCAAUACUGGGACUGGUCUCCGGCACAACCAGCUGCUAGCUACUGGGACUGGCCCUCUACCAAGAACGAACAACGAGAGCUAGUUCGUCAAUUUGAUGCAACGCAAACAACAACUGUUGCAGCUGCAGGAGCCAGUGACUCCUACUGGGACUGGUAA